AUGACGAUCAGCAACGCAACGUAUGGACCGCGUCCACAAUCGUUCGCGAUGGACGACUCGGGGGAGCGCUACUACAUAGGUUCCGAAAUAGGUGCGUAUCUCAGACUUCAUAGAGGUACGCUCUACAAGAAAUAUCCUGUCUUGUGGAGGAAAGUUGCAACGCUUGAAGAUAAGGAGAAAUUGCGACAGAUUGCUCUCUCACAGGCGUUUAUGCACACAAAUAUUAUGCUGGUGAAAGCGCAUGAGAUCGACGAGUUGUUGUCUGGACAAGAAGAGAAAUAUCGCGCCGCUGGAUCAACUCCUUCGCUCCCUAGAGUCGACUCAGGUGUGGUUAAAGGCGGGAAACCGAAUGUACCGGCCGGUUGGAUGGGUCAGCAGGUGAACAUCAUACCUUUUGUACAUUUACUGCCGUGA